CAUUAUAUGGAAUACACUAAGUCUAAUUGUAAUAUUUAGUUUCGUUUCAAUUGCAAGGAUUUCUUUUCAUUCUGUUGAGUUUGUAUAAUAACUGGAAUAUCAAUUCAGUUGACUUUACUAUCAUAAAAGCCUCCUCAACUACAAAAGAGAGUAAUUAAAAAAACCCAACUUGCUUUCAAUCUGAAAGAAUCAUCACAGUUGCUAUAAUUAGAUAUUUGGACAACACGAGUCUUGUUAACUGAUCUCACAAAAUUUGAUUAAUCCAGAAUUAAAGAAUAUGUAAUCCUGUGCACAUGAGAAUAGUAUCCCAUCUAACAUUGCGCUGCAGAUAAUGGCGGGUGAAAGACGUACUGGAUUUACUGAUACAGAAAAAACGGAAAAUACUGAAAAAGAUGACAAAAAGGAAACUGAACUUGAAAAAUAUUGGAAAGCUGUGAAAGAUAACCCAGCUGAUUUUACUGGCUGGACUUACCUUCUUCAGUAUGUUGAGCAAGAGAAUAAUGUUGAAGAUGCGCAAGAAGCAUUUGAUGCUUUCUUUGAUCAUUAUCCAUAUUGUUAUGGUUACUGGAAAAAGUUUGCUGAUAUCCUAAAGAAAAAUGAUGAGGUGGAUAAAGCAAUUACUGUCUUUGAGCGUGGUGUAAAGGCUAUUCCUCUAAGUGUAGAACUUUGGCUUCAUUACAUCUCUUCUGUUACUGAAUCAAGAGAGUGUGAAAAUGUUGAGAGAAUUCAGGAAUUAUACAGAAAAGCUCUGAAUGCUGCUGGUACUGACUUCCGUGCUGAUCGCUUGUGGGAUUCAGUUAUUCACUGGGAAAAACAACAAAAAAAUUUGCAAAAUGUAAUGUGCUUAUAUGAUGAACUGCUGAAAAUUCCUCUCCAACUAUACAGUCAUCAUUUUGACAAUUUUAAAUCCUUUAUAAAUAGUCAUCAUCCCAAAGAAAUCUUAUCUCUAGACGAGUUCUUUAAACUGAGAGAAGAAGUAUUAGCCAAACGAUCUGAUUGUUCUGCUGAGGAAGAGGAUGGUCCUGAUGAUCAACAGUUGACUGAAGAAGCACCUCCUGGUGUAGAAAGUGAAGGUGGAAAGUCAGAUGAAGUGGAAGCAAAUAAAUUACGUGCAAAAAUAAUUGAAAUUCGACAAGCAGUUCAUAAAGAAACCGAAGAAGAAGUUAGCAAGCGGUGGGCCUUCGAAGAAGGGAUCAAACGGCCUUAUUUCCAUGUUAAACCUUUAGAAAGAUCACAGUUGAAAAACUGGAAAGAUUAUUUAGAUUUUGAAAUUGAAUUUGGAACACAUGAGAGAGUUGUUGUUCUCUUUGAAAGAUGCUUAAUAGCGACUGCAUUAUAUGAAGAUUUUUGGUUGAAAUAUGCUCGAUAUAUAGAACAACAUAGUAUUGAAGCUGCCCGCAAUGUUUAUAAAAGAGCAUGUAAUAUUCAUUUACCUAAAAAGCCAUCAAUACAUUUAACUUGGGCUGCUUUUGAAGAAAGUCAAGGUAAUUAUGAUGAAGCUUGGAAAAUAUUAAACAAUCUAGAAAAAAACAUUCCUGGACUUGCCAUGGUUGCACUUCGGAGAAUAAGUUUAGAGCGGCAUCAAUACAAUUUUGCUGCUGCUGCAGCUUUGUUCCAAGAAUAUAUGGAUACAGCAGCUACCAAAGAAAUACGUUCAUUUUUUGCCAUAAAAUACUCACGUUUCCUGUCAAAGGUUUGUCAUGAUGUAAAUAAAGCCAAAGAAAUUUUAAAAGAAGCAAUAGAAAUUGAUGAGACAAAUCCUAAAUUACACCUUCAGUUAUUAGAUAUUGAAUAUCAGACGCAACCAAUGAAUGAAGAUUCAAUACUUGACACUUUUAAAUUUACACUAUCAACUAACAUGUCUUUACAAAGCAAAAUUAAAUUUUCACAAAGGCGAAUAGAAUUUUUAGAAGAUUUUGGAAAAGAUAUUACCAAGUUGCUUGAUGCUUAUGAUGAGCACCAAAAGGUUUUGAAAGAGGCUCACAUAGAAAAGAAACGGAAAAUGGUUGAAUGUGGAGAAGAUCCACUGGAGAAAAAGGCUAAAUUGGAUGGUGGAGUGAAUAACAACUGCACCCGUGCCAAUGGAUCAAAAGACAUAUUAUCUGCAACAAGUGUUGGAACAGCCGUGUCCGGCAAUAAUGAUAUAUCUAAUGUAGUACAACAAAAUACCCCUUUUCAGUAUGCUCAUUGGGGUUCAUAUCAAAAUGCUGCCAGUUACGGAGGCUAUCCACAUCCUCAUUGGUCUUCAUAUAAUAAUCAGUAUUACCCGUCCUAGACGUCAAACUCCAUAUUUAUCAUUGUGGACUUCUAAAUCAUUGCCUCUAUUUAUAGUCCUCCAACUCUUCAAUUCCUGCCUGACUUCUUACAUCUCUCUCUUGCCUCCUGCUCAUCACAGCAAUUCAUUUUCAUUUGUAUUAAAUUCAAUUUCCAAAAUGUGAACAAAA